CGGUAUUAUAAAUAACGCUUUCCGAAGUAUUUUAAUCAAUACACAAAACAGUGUUGAAAGCAAAAGAGGUGAUACAUUCGUUGAAGGAAAACCAUGGUACUUUUCCGAGAAGUGCAUCUGACAUGCCUCAUAGUCUCAAUUUUGCAUCGCAUCAAUGGAGCACCUCUUGCUGAUGGCACUCUCCAAAAGAAUCCGAGGAGUAUAUGCCCGUCAGACGACUUUGCCAUAUUACCUGCAGAGGAAUGUCACACUUUCUACGUUUGUUCAAAUGGCUUCGAAACCUUGCUAGAAUGUGCUGCUGGAGAGAAUUUCAAUCCGGAAACAACUCAAUGUGAUCCAAAUUAUGAAUGCAUCAACGUGCCAACAUCCGAGGGAACAAUAACUACAACGACAACAACAAUUACUACAUCAACAUCAACGAUAUCAUCCGUUUCAUCAACCACUUCGGCAAGUAAUCUGCCCGAAGGAUUCUUACAGGUUUUGUCCCCUACGCAGGAAUGUCCGCCGGAAGGAGCCGCUUAUCGAAUUCAUGGCGAGAACUGCCGGCUUUUCUACUACUGCCGAGAUGGCUACGAACGAUUACAAACAUGUUCCGCUUUUCGUAGAUUCGACAUGUCGACGGGACAGUGUCUGCUUACGACAGAUGCAGUGUGUUUCCCAGGAACGGAGGUUUUUGAUGACAGAAAUGAAGGAGAUGUUAAUUUAUAUUUAUUAUCUUAAAAUA